UGCAUCUUUCGUCCCUAGGAUUUUUCUAAGCGGUGUGAGCGCGCGACUUUUCUUUCUUUUUCCUUUCUUCCUUUGUUUUUCUUUUGUAAAUCCCUUCAGCUUUAUAAAGCACCGAUUCCUGAUCUCCCGAGGAUGCACAUCGUGUUAGAGACGCGCACUCUCACACUCCGUCCAGCGUCAUCUCAUUCCGUACGGAUUAAUGAAUUCCCUCCGGUUACCGUGUCGUGCUCCGGGAUAUAAAACCUGACAAGUUGAACACUCCGUUCUCUUGAAGGUUUUGAACACGACAAGGAAACAUCGCGUGCCUAUGCGUCCUGUUCUAUUCUCUAGGAGGAGCGAUGAACGUUGCUCGGUCUGCGUGACCUCCCCACCGGAGUGCUUUGUCUCGUGGAGUAGGCGAAACGGCGCGAGCGUUACGUUGCUUCUUUUCCACACGCACGUAUGCUAUUUUGCCGCACAAAACAAUUUGACCAACUCGAAAACAAGUCUCUUGCAUUUUUACAGAACUAACCUGUCAUUCCGUGUGGGAGAAUAACACUGACAUUUCAGGGCUCGUGAACAAACAGACUUUGGAAAGGUGUGAAAAGGGCGCACGAGCUGUUUUAACUCCACCGGCUGGAUAUUAUUGUUGGGAGCAAACGCAGGAACGUGUGGUGAGUGAUAGAUAUUAAGGCAUGACAUCAACAGGAGUGAGAGAUUAAAUUAUUCAAGUCAGCCUGGUGAUUUUGGUAGGAGUUUUGGUGUGUGGCGCAAGUCCAGUGGAGCAGCCCGGAGUUCCGGAGCAUCAUGGGCUGCUGCAGUGGUCGCUGUACACUGGCCUUCAUCUGCGGCAUGCAGCUGAUUAGCAUUUUGGAACGGCAAAUAUUUGACUUUCUUGGUUAUCAGUGGGCGCCGAUCCUCACAAACUUCAUCCACAUCAUCACAGUGAUUCUGGGCCUGUUUGGGACGGUGCAGUUCAGGCCAAGAUACGUCACCGGGUAUGCAGUCUGGCUGGUGCUCUGGGUCACCUGGAACAUCUUUGUCAUCUGCUUCUACCUGGAAGUGGGUGACCUUUCCAAGGACACAGACUUGAUCAUGACCUUUAAUAUUUCCAUGCAUCGCUCCUGGUGGAUGGAGAACGGUCCUGGGUGCAGGGUGACCCCCGUGACUCCUCCACCCUCCUGGGCUCCUGAAGACCACCGCUACAUCAGCAUAGCCGGCUGCGUGCUGGAGUACCAGUAUGUGGAGGUGGCGCACAGUUCCCUGCAGAUCAUCCUGGCUCUGGCUGGGUUCAUCUACGCCUGUUACGUGGUGAAACUCAUUUCAGAAGAGGAAGACAGCUUUGACUUUAUAGGUGGCUUCGACUCCUACGGGUACCAAGGACCACAGAAGACAUCUCAUUUGCAACUGCAACCAAUGUAUAUGUCAAAGUAACAAGGACAAACUGCCUUAUGAAACGAUGAACUUCUGUCUCAACCUUUCGUCUUUUUACAUAAAUGUCUUAAUAUGAUAGUGUCUUAAGAACCAUUGGAGGAACGCAAGAUGUGGCACUUUAACUAGUCAACAAAUGGAGAACACUAGAGCCAAGGCAUUGGAUUUUCUCAGUUUGGAGCAUCGUGUCUGGCUGGAUUAAGCAGGAGCAAGAGCGCCACCAUGUGGCAGAAACUGCAGAAACACAGCACAGUGGGGUUCGAGAUAAAAAAGAAGAGAAAAAAGAAAAGAAGAGGCUGCAUUCAUCUCUGUGGACAUGAACACGAGGGAUGGAACCAGGAGACGAAAGAGUGCUGCGUUCUUAUAGACUCCAUUAGAAAAAAACUCACUUACCGAAUGUUUCUUAACAGGUCCGAAUUGGCUCUAGAUAUCUUAUGUAGUACUUGAGUGGUUAAUAGAGUAACUUAAGGAGAAUUAUACAUACGUGUUUACAUAUGGUCAUUCCAGUUGUUGGAAUACCGUUACUAGGUUGUCCUGAUGUCUGAUAACUGUACUCUGAACAUGUUUUUAAUCUGUAUUAUGGAUGUUUUCAUCUUGAAAGUGCCAAGAACAGUUCCAACAAACCCAAAACUGCCCAGAGACUUUCAACAGCAGUCAAAAAUAAGAGUAAUAAUAAUAAUUAUCAUAAUAAUAAUAAUAAUAAUAAUAAUAAUAAUAAUAAUAAUCAUAAUCAUAAUCAUAAUAAUAACAAUUCACCUAGUAAUUUCAUUGGUUGGAUGUGGUUCGCAGGUCAGCUGUGUUUGUUGCAUGAAGUGUAAUUUUGAAUAGCAUAUUUAAUUUGGAUCGACGGCAGGAACUAGCAGAGCUUUCUUUUAGAACAAAAAAGAUUCUGUGAAUAUGAAUAUUGUGCUUUCUAAGACGCUGUUCAGUCUCGUGAAGAAGAAAACAAAGCGAAAACUAAACCUUCUUCCUACCUAUUCUAUUUUUUUUGUUUGUUUGUUUUAUUUCUAACAUGUGUGGCAGUGUUCAAUCUUUUUCUAGUAGACUAAUCAAUUGUUUUAAGGGAGGGCCGUUCUGUUAAACUGUAUAUAGACAUUUGGAGAGGGGAGUAAAAGAGAAAAAAAAUGAGAAAGCUGCAUUUAGUAGUGUGAUGUGAGAAGAGUGUGUGGUAGAGUUUGUGCUGUGGCCAAAUGUGCUAGUGUGUGUGUAUGUGUGUGUGUGUGUGUGUGUGUGUGUGUGUGUGUGCGUGUGUAGAGUCACCAUCGCAGGAACCCAUGAGGAGCCCUAAAAGCAGAUGUGCUUUCUCUGCAGAAUUGUUCCUUUGACGUCACAGAACUAACAACAUUAGUUGUAGUCCAUUAACACACCGCACACACGACAGACAAAUCAUUUACAACACAAAGCCAUUCGCGUCUUUUAACUCCUGAGCGAACUGAAUGGCCUUUUGUGGAAAUACUCUGAACCGUGCUUGUACGUGAAAACAAAAGAAACCAAGUUCCUCAUUUAAAACUGCACUUUCACUCCCUAAUUAUAUUUCAAUUAUAUAUUAAGUCUGGAAUGAAACAUGAACGUAAGGAACAUCAUUUAGGUCUCACAAAUGAAACCACAUCCCAUAAAAAUAAUAAGAUGUGUGUUUUCUGCGUGUAGUCACACACCUUUUUUUAAACUUAUAAAGCAGACGUCUCUGUGGUCAGAGAAAAUUUUCCAAUGUUGGAUAAAGUCUUUUACUGAGAAGUGCAUGACGCUCCACUCCAAUUAAUAACACUUUGCCUCCUGCUGACAAGCCGAAAUGAGCCUUUUUUCAUCACUACCCUCAUGAAUUGCACUGAAGCUUUGAUGAUUAAUCAAGAUAUUGCAACAGAGCCAUUUUUCAGUCUUUAUUGGCUAAUAAUUCCCUACAGUCAUUGCUCUUUGGUUAUAGACGCACAGGAUGAAUAUGAAUACGCCAGACGAUAUUGUGAAUUUACGCCGUAAAAAGAGAUCACUGCGUGUGCUACAUCUGUCUUUGUAAUUUGGCUUUGGAUAUGAAAUAUUAAAGCAACAAAGGGUAAGCGGUGUGCAAUUGACUCAAAAAAGCAGAACUCACAAGAUUCAUUAGUUUAUUACUCCGAGUUUAUCAAAUCAGCUUGACUGUAACACCAGUUCUUUCUACUCAAAGUGUAAAUAUACUGCAUCUCUAUUCCAGACAUGGUGCUUGAUCAACCCUAACAACAACGGCGAUCAUGCCGUCUCUCACUCUGCCAGCUGGUGAGAGGUUUACAGGAUUGUCUAGAUGUACAAUUUGAUGUCACCAGUUUAAAUGCGAGACUGGGAGACCAUUGUGAAUGAUGAUGCUACUUCUUGGGUUUUAUUUUAUAUACAUCGAUAUGACACCUUUCUGACGAGCUUUAUAUACCAAACAUUCUGUGUUUAAUGAGUCUACAUUUCAAAAGAAUGGCCUUGUAAUAGUAUUUAGAAGGUACUUCAGAAUUAGUGCAAUCAAAUUUAGGUCUGUCGAUUUCUAUUAAGACAUUCUAGAGGUUUUCUUAGUAUCUUAGUUUAGACCUCAUCAACCACUAGACAGUCCAAAAUCAUUUAUUCCAGUUUCUACACUCUUAAUCUUUUGGCACCAAUGUUUUUCCACCUGGAAAAAACCAAACACAUGGACUAUUUGGAGGUUCCAGAGGUCUGGAUUAGAAUUUUUCAUUUCUGCAGAUUUAGGCUGGAAUGAUUGGGUU